CAGAGGAAUUGUCAAAUACCCUGUUCCUUGGGUUCAUGUCCUGUCUCCUCUGCCUUCCCCUCCUGUGCAGACACGGAGCACACAGUCUCUGUGCUACCAACAUGAAGCUUGUCCUCCUGGCCUGUCUCUGGGCUUCCUUUGCUGGAGUCCUCCUGGCAGAAGAUGUAGACACAGCCAAACUUGAGGUCCGCCUGGUGGAUGGCCCGAAUCGCUGCUCUGGGAGAGUGGAAGUGCUACACAAGGAUGUCUGGGGGACCGUGUGUGAUGACGGCUGGGAUUUAAGGGAGGCAAGGGUCGUGUGCAGGCAACUGGGCUGUGGGACAGCACUAUCAGCUCCCCGAGAAUCCAAAUACGGAGAAGGGAAGGGCCAGAUCUGGUUGAGUGACCUGAACUGCACAGGGACAGAAGCGUCCCUCACUGAAUGUGAGGCGAAGGCAUGGGGAGACAACAUCUGCAACCAUGUGGAAGAUGCCAGUGUGGAAUGCUCAGAAAAUGAAAUACAUGAGCCAGGGCCAAUCCGGCUGGUGGGAGGCCCAAACAGAUGUGCUGGCAGAGUUGAGGUGCUUCAUGAAGAACAGUGGGGCAGUGUGUGCCAUGACAGCUGGGAUAUGGAUGACGUCCAAGUUGUGUGCAGGCAAUUGGGCUGUGGGGAUGCGGUGCUGGCCCCCACUGGAGCUAAGUUUGGACGAGGAACUGACACCAUCUGGCUGGAUGACGUGAACUGUGUAGGGACAGAAGCUGCCAUCUCUGAAUGCCAGGCGAGGCCAUGGGGAGAACACAACUGUUACCAUGGGGAAGAUGCUAGUGCAGUUUGCUCAGACUCAGGGAUUACCGCCUCCGAUUCUGUCCGCCUGGUGGAUGGCCCGAAUCGCUGCUCUGGGAGAGUGGAGGUGCUACACAAGAAUGUCUGGGGGACCGUGUGUGAUGACCACUGGGAUUUAAGGGAGGCGAAGGUUGUGUGCAAGCAGCUGGGCUGUGGGACAGCACUAUCAGCUCCCCGAGAAUCCAAAUACGGAGAAGGGAAGGGCCAGAUCUGGUUGAGUGACCUGAACUGCACAGGGACAGAAGCGUCCCUCACUGAAUGUGAGGCGAAGGCAUGGGGAGACAACAUCUGCAACCAUGUGGAAGAUGCCAGUGUGGAAUGCUCAGAGGUAGAUGUUCCUGAGCCGGGGCCAGUCCGUCUGGUGAAUGGCCCGAGCAAGUGUGCUGGAAGAGUCGAAGUGCUCCACGAGAACCGGUGGGGCAGCGUGUGUGAUGACCACUGGGACAUGCAGGACGCCAAAGUAGUGUGCAAGCAGGUUGGCUGUGGGUCACCAGUGUCAGCCCUGGGAGGUGCUCGCUUUGGGCGAGGGCCGGACAUCAUCUGGCUGGACGAUGUGAACUGCACUGGGACGGAAGAGAGCAUCUUUAACUGCCAGGCCAGGCCAUGGGGUGAACACAACUGCUAUCAUGGAGAAGAUGCUGAUGUUGUCUGCGCAGAGAACCUGGAGGAGCUGGAAGCAUCGUGAGAGCCACACUGGCCCCACCAGACCACACUCACCGUGCAGCAGGAGAUGGGCCAGCAAGACUCAGCUGAGAGGACAAAUGGGAGGGAUGUUACAGAACCAUCAAUGUGGCAUGAUUAGAUCCCUGGCUUGGCAAAACUGUUCUCUCUCAUCCCUUGAAGGAACUGCAGACUUGGUUAUAAUUGCAUUGAUUGAAAACCAAGUUGAACAAAUGAUUCCCACUGAAAAGCGAACAUCACAAAGUAUCAAUAAAGUUCUCCCAAAGCUUAAAAAA